AUGAUGGCCUCGGACUCGGGAAAUUCCCACCAGAUCUUUCAAACCGCCGCUGAGAUCCCAGCCUUCUUCGUCUCGUAUCGCUGGUGGGAGGAUGAAGCAACAACCGUCUUCUGGGCUUUCGACAUUCAAGAAAUUAGCCGAAUCAUUCGAUUCGGACUCUUUCGUGAUGAAAACUUCCCGAGGACUUCUCUUCGCUCUCGGAAUGCAGACACUAUCGAUACUUUCUUGAUUGCACUGUCAGAGCCCCAUGAGUACCAGCUUCUUGACAGUCUCUCCCAUAUGCAGAGAGUGGAGGAAAUUCUACGUCGGUCAAGUAUCCCACCCUUCGAGGCCGUUCCCUGGAGUUGGUUCCCGCCACAGUCAAGUCCGACGUUGGAUGCGUUGGAGAUUGCCAUCGCAAUUGAGAAUGAAAGCCAUCUUCAUUUCAGCCAAAUUGAAUUCGAGGAGUUUGUUCGUGCUGCUCUUGGCUACAAUGCCUUAUUUGUCGACUGGUUCUUACAACAACAUACGGCUCUUUAUCUCAUUCUCCUAAAUCAUCUGCAAGCCCACCCGGAAGACAUUCCGCUCUACUCCAAUGUGGAAAAGCACCUGCGGUCGCGGAGUCCCUUUGCUCACCGAGCGUUGCUCCGUAGUCUUUUGACUGUCGCACCUGGUAGCAACCGUGACAUGCCUAAUCCUAACACACCUGGAUUUGGGUUCAUCGCAGGCCCAAUCCAGGAAAUGUUCCAGGAUCAGCCUGGACGACUUAGUGACAUGCUCAAGAUGCUGAGUGUUCUGGCAAUUCGUUUUCGCCGACAGUAUGCUCAUGCUACGGAUAUGAAUUGGAAAGCUCCGUUCGAUACCUCGACUGCCUUCUUGGAGGAUUGUCUCUUGUAUCCAUCGCCAAUGGACUUGGCACUCAAUAUGAAAGGUCUGGAUGAACAGCAUUUCACCGAAAUCAACCGACAGAAGCUGGUAGCAGAUAAUGCUACCGUGAGACAAUUGUUUGUACAUUGGCGGACUUUGAGUAUCUCCGUUUGGGAAUGUUGCUGCGCCCUUCCAGACCUGACCCCAUAUCUUCAAGAAUGUUCACAAAGUUUACUAGCAACAAGAAACUAUCACUCUCUCAUGGCCAUGGUUAGUGGCCUUCGCAACUAUUCCAUCUCCACGAUGCGCACCGGCCUGGACAACGGCACAGCAGCAACAGUCGCCUUUGAGGCCCUCGUCACUUCCGAGGUUGCAUCUCUCACGAGCCCGACUGAGAACUAUGUCAACUACCGGCGACAUUACAAAAAAUACCCUGGAAUUCCCUUUCUGAUCCCCCACAUCCGCGAUUUCAAACACAACGGCGAUGCCGGGCUUGAACCGGUUUUACAGUUCCUGCAGAGGAAUUAA